UAAAUUGCAAGCAUCCACACUGCAGCAGUCUUAUUCAACAGGUCGAGCCAUGGAGUUCAAAGUAGUGUGUGUGCUGUUGGGAGUAAUACUGCUGGUGAACUGCUCAUUUGAGCAGACUCCACCAAAGAGGAAGCCAGUGAAAAAAGCGUCAGAUACAACAAAGGAUGCUGCCAUCGAGCAGUUACAGAAACAGAUCGACAACAUUGUCCUGGAGCUCAACCUGCUGAAGGAACAGCAAGCCCUGCAGACGGUCUGUCUGAAAGGUAAGAAGAUCCACGGCAAGUGCUACUUGGCUGACCCUGUGAGAAAACGCUACCACACCGCCAGUGAAGACUGCAACAACCUGGGCGGUGUCCUCGGAGCACCCACAUCCAGCGACGAGAAUGACCAGCUCAGAGACUACAUCCGCCAGAGCAUCGGCCCGGAUGAGCAGGUCUGGCUGGGUGUCAACGACAUGGUGACUGAAGGCACUUGGGUGGAUCAGACCGGAUUGAGCAUUACAUACAAAAACUGGGACACGUCCAACAGCCGGUCCCCUCAGCCGGACGGCGGCCAGUCCCAGAACUGCGCCAUCCUGUCCGGGGCCUCCCGUGGGAAGUGGCUGGACGAGAACUGUCGUGAGGAGAAGCCCUCAGUCUGCCAGUUCAACAUUGUUUGAUCCCAUUUAUCUCAUCAUAGACUGCGCAUGAUUAUAGCUGCUUUUGCGCUCUUGCUGCAACGCCACGUCGCCUGCUAUUCUAGAAGGAGUUUGAAUCUAGUGGUUCUCAGUUGGUUUUGCAUCGGGACUGAAUUCUGAUCUAGAGGUCACGGUCAGCUGAAUGAGGCAGUGACAUAUGAAGCUGUUAUUUUUGAGUCAAGUGGUCUAGCGAUAUGUUAUUUGCAGCAUUCCUCGUGGUCACAAUAAAACCAGGAAGAACACAAUUCAGCCAAGAAUAAGCUAAAGAUUAUCGGAAAUUCACCUACUUUAGAGGAAUCGGUGAUUUCUGCCUUCGUUUCAAAGAUUUAAAAUUUCUCCAAUAAUGUUAAGGCAUAUGCAUUGGGUGUUAACAUUUCAAAAUACCAGUAUUCCUGCAUCAAAAGGAGUGUGUAGGUGCUGGCACCUUUCACAAAUCAGAGAUGGGUGUAAUUUUAUUUCCACCCAUCCACGUCUCUAUUAUUACAGCAGUUCCAUGACUCACUGGUUGAGAAUCACAGGUUUAAACUCAGGCACCCACUCAUAACUACUGUACUUUAACGACAGGACUCGCCUGGAGCCAGAAUUUUGAGAGAAAUUGCAAUAACACAAGAACAGUCAAUCUUCAACCACAUUCUUUUUAAAAGAGAUUAUUUUCAGUUUGCUAUUCUUGUAGUCUCCUAUAAUGUCUGGCCUGAAGCAACCUGAAAAAUUACCAUCAAUAAACUAUGGAAACCCA